AAGCUGUGUAUCCAAACAGAAAAGAUAAUUUCGGUUAGAAGUUAGUUAUUCAAUUCUGGAAAUUAAGCUCUAUAGAAAAGAUAAGCUGCGUUGAAGAAUUUGUGAACUCAUAUCUUGUAGAUUUGUACAGCAUCGAACUGGAGGAUUAGUUAUUUGGAGGUCAGGAAGUGUUAUGUGGGUGUACCGUGGUAACAAUUAUCAAGGGCCAAAAAUUGUGUCUCAACAAAUUUCAAAGGGAGGACCUGAGAACAUGACGCCGGAGGAGGUUGAGUUCGAUAGAAUGCUUGAUGAUUUUGGUCCUCGUUUUGUUGAUUGGUGGGGUACAGGAGUACUUCCUGUUGAUGCUGAUUUGCUUCCUUCUAUGCUACCUGGUUACAAAACACCUCUUAGGUUUCUUCCUGCAAGAAUGCAUCCACGGCUCACCAAUGAUGAGCACACAAAUAUGCUGAAACUUGCCAAAGCUCUUCCUUGUCAUUUUGCCUUGGGGAGAAAUAGAAAUCUUUAAGGUCUGGCGUGUGCUAUUCUUAAGCUUUGGGAGAAAAGUUUAGUUGCAAAGAUUGCUGUCAAGCAUGGUGUCCAGAAUACAAACAAUGAACUGAUGGCUCAGGAGCUAAAGAAAUUAACAGGAGGUACCUUGUUGCUAAGGAAUAAAUAUUACAUUGUAAUAUAUCGUGGGAAGGACUUCAUUCCAGCCAGUGUGGGUACCAUUUUAGCUGAAAGACAUGAAUUAAAGAAACAGAUGCAGGAUGCUCGGGAGAAGGUGGAGCGCAGAUCUGUUAAUGCAACUCCACCUGAGGAAGAUCAAACAUCUGCACUAGCAGGGUCAUUGACUGAGUCUGAGUUCUAUGAAGCUCAAGCACCCUGCGGAAGGGACUUAUAUAUUGUUGAACGUGAGAAGAUGAUGAAAGAGGCUGCCAAAACCAACAAUGUUAGGCUCAUGAAAAAAGUUGAACUUAAACUAGCUGUUGCCCAGGCAGAUAUGUUAAAAGCAGAAAAGCUAUUAGCUGAACUAAAAGUGUCCAUGGUUCCAGCUGGUCCUGAUAAUGAGCGAGAAACAAUCACAGAUAAAGAACGUGUUAUGUUCCGUGCGGUUGGUUUAAAAAUGAAGGCGUACUUGCAACUUGGUACACAUGGUAUUUUUGAUGGUAUCAUUGAGAAUAUGCAUUUGCAUUGGAAGCAUCGAGAACUUGUUAAAUUAAUAACAAAAGAAAAGACUCUUGCAAUUGUUGAAAACACAGCUAGGUUACUGGACUUCAAGAGUGGUGGAAUUCUAGUAGCAAUAGAUAGACUUCCCAAAGGAUUUUCUCUGAUUUACUAUCGUGGAAAGAAUUAUAGGCGGCCCAUUAGUCUCCGGCCAAGAAACCAUUUAAUGAAAGCAAAAGCAUUGGAGCAUUCCAUAUCCAUGCAACGGCACGAGGCUCUGAGUCAGCAUAUAACUGAGUUGAGGGGGGAAAUAGAAGAAAUGAAAAAAGAACUUGUAAGUAAUCAAUGCAUUGUGCUUACCUGAAAUGACUUAAUUGGUUGCAUACCCAGCUAAUUAUUACUUCAAAAUAAUCUCAUGAAGAGACUGGGAAAAUCCUCCACCCCAUAUAUUUUGGGUUUUGCA